AUGGAUCGUCCAAGAACCGUCGGCCAAACUGCAGAAACGGAUCCUUUGGCCGAGCCACGCCCAGCUGGGGUUGCGUCUGAGCACAAGGCUGGCAACAGCUCGCACCAUCAGCCCCCCAGCGGCUGUGCCUGCGGUCGGACGCUGCUGCUGGCGCUGCUGUUAGUGGCCGCGCUGGGCGCCUUUCUGUUCCGCCAGCCCAUCCGGUGCGACCAGAUCUCUGCAACGAUCUCGGCCGCCGUGGGCCCUCUCUCAGUGGCCAGCGGCCAAGCUUCGGCAUUGACCGAAGCCACGCCCAAUGUUCUUCCUCCGACAGUGCCCGCGCCGGCGCCUCCCCCGGCGUUUCUGGCUCCGGCCCCGGCGAAGCCGCUGGAGGCGCCUGUCCCCUUCGUCAUGCGCAGCAAAGAUCCCUGCGUGCCCGUCUUAGGCCAGAAGGUUGUCGUGGGCCCCAGGGAGGAGUUUGAGUACGUCCAAAGUGCCAUGGAGAAGGAGUGGUUCCAGGAACCCCGCAUGGGGCAGAUUUGCAAGCUGGCCCUGCAGCAGAAGCAGCAGGCCGCGAUGUGGCUGAACUACUCCAAGGCGGUGUUCAAGCCCGUCGUGGACCAGCCGCCGCGCGACCCGACUCCCCAGGAGGCAGAAGUCCUGUCCUACUUCCUGGACAAGGACCAGCGGCGGCACUGGAUAGAGCCGUUGUCGGGCGUUGCUCGCAACCCGCACUCGGUCUGCCCCAACACGGGCGGGGUAGACAAGUUUGACAUCCAGUACCUGGUGCUGGAAACCUACUGUGGACAUCCAGGACCCAAGCCGCGCGUGAAGCUCUUUGACAUGGGCUGCACCACCAACUGGAACUGGAAGUUGCCAAAGUACGACUUCUACAACGUGGAUUACCGCCGCGGGGUGGGGCUCGGCCCCUCCAUCCCCCUCUUCUUCAACAUGUACCGGGAUCGAUGUAUGGAGUUCGAUGACAUCUUCGGCUGGGAGGCGAAAGGAAUGAACCCCAAUGAGUGGUGGUCUCCUCUGCCUGAUAACAUCCGUGAGCGGACCCGCUUCUACAACAUCCCGGUCAACGAGACCUCCUGUCAGAUGUCCACCAAGGGGCUCUUCGCAGAAAGGGGCAGCUUCCUGCACAUGCUGCCCUACGCCGCCAAGCCGGAGGACUUCGUAGUGGUGAAGUUGGACAUCGAUGGCGGGCCCGAGCUGGCGAUCAUGGAAGCCCUGAUCCGCUUCCCCGAGUUGAGCUCUCUGGUGGACGAGAUCUUCUUUGAGUACCAUUUCUGGUUCGACGGCGGCAACUUUGGCUGGGGCCAAGUAGACAAGGCUUGGGCCGUACUGCUUGUUGUUUUUUUGUUUUUUUUUUUUUUUUUAAGGUGUUGUUUGGGGUUGAGGGUUAGUCUUCUGGGCUUUGUGGUAUAA